AUGGAGCAAAACAAUAGCUACCCUGCCUCCAAUACCGCUGCCAAUUCCCACCAAUGGAACAGUAGUCGUUUUGAACAUGAUAGAAACGUCAGUCAACGUCUAAAGUACAAACAAAACGGAGGAGAAAUUGACCUUUUGACCCCUCCAAAGAUUGACAAAUGUCUACAAGUGAACUUCACAGUGCCUGCACAUUCUGCAUACCUGUCCCAAUCAGGAUGCGUUAAUAUUACUUGCAGUCAUUGCAAAUGUGUGAUCGAAUUACCCGAAGAGUUUAUUGUAAAUUUAGAACACGCCAGAAAUGCAACUAAGAUUACGAAUCCGAAAGGUGGCAGCUUAUCACGAGUCACUGAAAACCGACCAAACUUCACAACCGAAAGCAAGUUGAACGAAUCAAAUAUCUCAAGAGUUUCAACUACCCAUCAAUUAAAAAACGCGACGUCUACAAAGCUCUAUGACUCAUAUUCGGGAGAAAAUGUAGUCGAACAAUCAAACUCUAAACUGCCAGUGAAAUCCGAGAAAACCUUAGACGAAGUGAAAGAAAAAAGUCAAAACGAAUCAAUUCCAUCAAACAAUACCUUAAAUGACAGUGUCAACACCACAAAGAGCCAAAAUUUAGACGUGUCUGAAGCCUCAAAUAGCCAGGAAAAACAGCGGACUAAGUUGUAUAAGGAUUACUUGAAGCAAAUUAAGGGUCGCGAAUACAAAAGCAUCCAUGAAAUCAUGAAAGAAAUUGAUUCGAAAGUCAAGGAGGAACAACACAAUAUGUCAGUUUUGUCAACUAGAAGCAACAAAUCAACAAAAACUGAGGACGCUCAAAAUCAAACUGCACCAAAACCAGACCUGAAUAAAAACCAAACCCAGGCUAUUGAUUCUGAAGUAAAGAAAGCUGACAACUUAAAAUCUGGAAAUGAUCGCGGUGCCGGAAGUUUUAACGAACAAAAGGAAAAUUUUGGCGAAAAUAAGACCAUUUCACAUAGCAACUCAUUGCAAAAACAAUCUUUUGUGUUCACCCAGAGUCAUGUAUUGAACAAUUUUCCAAUUCCAAAAACUGUACCGAGCAUGGAAAGUUGUGAGAACAAAGAAAACUCGGCACAAAAAAAGUCCAACACAGAAGCCCAGAUGCAAAAAUUGGAGCCAGAAAAAUGGAAUGCAUCUGAUUUCGUCAAUGUUAACAAAGUUAAGAAUUCGUCAGAUAUCACCUGUGCGCCAACUGUCAGUUCAGAAAUCAAUUUAACGCUGAAAAAAUUAGAUGAAGGCUAUAUCUAUUCUAAUGACGUGACGGCACCGCCCAUUGAAGUAAAUAAAAGUCAAUUCCAUCAAAGUGAAACCCAAAUUCCAAGAAUUACGCAAAACGGUUCCUAUGUAGAAAAUGCAGUGAACUUAGAAAUCGAUAAUCAGAAUCAAGAAAAUUGGAAUAAAAAAUAUCGGAAUCAGGAAAAACGAAAUCAGGAAAAUGGAACACAAGGAAACCAAAAUUUCAAUCCAGAUAAUCAGAAUCAAGGCUAUAAAAUUUAUGAAAAUUGUAAUCAGGAAAAUCGGAAUCAGGAAAACCGGAAUCAGGAAAAUCGGAAUCAGGAAAAUCGGAAUCAGGAAAACCGGAAUCAGGAAAAUCGGAAUCAGGAAAAUCGGAAUCAGAAAAAUCGGAAUCAGGAAAAUCGGAAUCAGGAAAAUCGGAAUCAGGAAAAUUGCAAACAGGAAAGUUCGAUUGAGGACUCUGAAGCUACACAACCAAUAGACUGCUUGAAUGAUGAAGAAAUCACAAGACUGACCAUCAACGGUUUCAUAACUUCCACGCGCAGAUUAGGAAACAACGACAAUCAAAAUGACGACACACUCGUGAAAACAAACGAAUGCAAUCCUCAAACUUCACAGAAUGGAAAUGUGUCAAUUUUGGAAUUGGAGAAGCUAGCCCCCCAAGAAGUGUACGUCUCCAGUUUCCGACUGAAGAUGCAGCAAACUAAUCGAAAACCACUUCCAGAAAACUCGCAACACAUAAAUGAAUCUAACGAUUGA